UUCAAAUUGUAUUUUCUAUCUCCAUGUUUCCGUUUGCAGAAUUUGGAUUGUUAGGUUAAUUUAAUUGUCUUUUUUUGUGUUUAUAUUCAAUCAAUUAGAACCAAUUUAUAAUCAAAAUGUUAAUUCUUUUCGAAUCAGCGAUUGGUUAUGCUGUUUUCAAGCUUAAAGAUGACAAAAAAUUGGAAAAAGCUGAUAAGCUUCAUUCAAUUUUCAAUGAUCCCGAUAAAGCAAAUAAACUGCUUAGUUUACAAGCUUUCGAUAAAUUUGCUGAUGUUACUGAAGCCGUCGAAUGUGCAACCGCUUUGUUGGAAGGAAAAGCAAGUAAAAGGUUGAAAAAGUUAAUAAAGAAACUUGUUGCCAAGGAGCCGAAUGAAAUUGUUGGUGUUGCUGAUGCUAAAUUGGCCACUUAUAUUAAGGAUAAAUUCAAUGUGAAAUCUGCUUCAACCGCCGCUGUUCAACAAUUAAUGUCAUGUAUUAGGUUGAAUGUAGAAUCUCUUAUUCCCGAAUGGUCACCUUCAGAAAAUGAAGCCAUGGAAAUGGGAUUAAGUCAUGGCAUUUCCAGGUACAAACUUAAAUUCAGUGCAGACAAAGUGGAUACAAUGAUUAUCCAAGCAGUUUCUCUUCUUGAUAACUUAGACAAAGAAUUGAAUAAUUAUAUCAUGAGAUGCAAAGAAUGGUAUGGUUGGCAUUUCCCCGAAUUGGCCAAAAUUAUUCCCGACAACACUACCUACAUUAAAGCCGUUCUUAAGAUGGGUAUUCGUACCAAUGCUGCAUCUUGUGAUUUUAGUGAAUUUUUACCUGAAGAGCUUGAAAAAGAAUUGAAAGAACUGGCUGAAGUCUCCAUGGGUACUGACAUCGCUUAUGAAGAUAUGUUGAACAUUGAACAUUUAUGUAGAAAUGUUUUAGAUAUGCAAGAGUAUCGAACUCAAUUAUACGAAUAUCUUAAAAAUCGUAUGAUGGCCAUUGCUCCAAAUUUAACCAUGUUGGUCGGUGAAUUAGUUGGUGCUCGUCUUAUCACCCAUGCUGGAUCAUUAAUUAAUCUUGCCAAACAUCCUGCUUCAACAAUUCAAAUUCUUGGCGCUGAAAAGGCACUUUUCAGAGCUCUUAAAACCAGACACGACACUCCUAAAUAUGGUCUUAUCUAUCAUGCUCAAUUGGUCGGUCAAUCUACUGCCCGUGUCAAAGGAAAAAUGUCUCGUAUGCUUGCUGGUAAAUCGGCAUUAGCUUGUCGUGUUGAUGCUAUGGGAGAAAAUCCUGGUGCUAGUUUAGGAACUGAGCAUAAGGCUAAAUUGGAAGCUCGAUUAAAAAUUUUAGAGGAAGGUAAACUUCGUAAAGUUAGUGGAACUGGUAAAGCUCAAGCCAAAUGGGAUAAAUAUGAGAAUAAAUCUCAAGUACAAUCUUACAAAUCGGGAGCUGAUUCCACUUUUACAGGAAGUAAAAGAAAAUUCGAUGACAACAAGCCCUCUGGUUCUGGAACUUUUGGUAAACUUGCGACACCUGUUAAAAAAGAAGACGAUGACGAUGAUGAUGAUGAUGAAAGCGAAGAUUCUUCAGAGGAAGAGGCAAAAGCCCCACCAAUGUUUUCAGGAGCCAAGAAAGUUAAACAAGAAACUCCCAAAAAAGCAGCACCAAAACCAGCUAAAGAUGACGAUUCAAGCAGUGAAAGUGAAGACAGUGAUGAUAGUGAUUAGUUUGAGCCUUAUCAUAUAUCUGUACAGUUUCACAUCAAAUAAACGGGCUCAUUUUUAUUUUCAUUCAAUCAUUAAACAUUUAAAUCAAUUAAAAAUCAAUUAAUCAUAUCAA